AUGCUCACCGUUUUGUCUGAUAUGCUCUUUGGGUCGAGAUCCAUCCCUCCCAGAAUACCCAGCGACGAGAUUGUUCCGUUGCCCGUGUUCGAUGACACUUUGCUCUUCAGAACCUUUGUGCUGCAUUCCAUGUUUGUUUUUGACAAUGUCCUCGAUCCCCAAAAGCUAGGAAAUGCUCUGGAACUCCUGGCGUCCCGGAAUGGGUGGCAGAAGCUUGGUGCUCGUGUCAGGAGGAAUAAUAAAGGAAACCUCGAGUACCACGUGCCCACCAGAGUAUCCAAAGACCGAGAACUCGUAACGAAAAGUUUUGUUAGCCACGACACUACCGUCGAUGAAGACCUGGUCGCCCGUCAUCUGCCCAAACCAAGCACGAGACCCGCCAUCGUCGGCGAUGCAGAUGACUUCAAGUCCCUUUACAUGGGACCUGACUGCCCAAACAAGCUCGAAGACUACCUGUACAGCGACCGGUCAAUAACAGGUCUGCACGUCGUUUCCUUCCACGACGCGACAGUCGUCGUGGUGAACUGGCUGCACGCCGCCUUCGACGCUACUGCCAAGAGGGCCCUGCUGGACGCGUGGAUACUGAUGAUGCAAGGGAGGCAAGACGAGAUCACGAAGCCGUACAGCCACCAUGAAGAUCCCCUCAGCGAGCUUGGGAGGCACGUCUCCGAGCCGCACAAGCUGAGCGACCGCAGGAUGAGUACACUCGGUAUGAUCGGCUGGGGAUUGGGUAACAUCUCGGACCUUUUCCGGAGACAGGAGACGCGUGUUGUAUGCCUGCCGGCCAAUUUCGUCGAGGAGCUCCGCGCCGUCGCUCUCGAAGAGCUCGCCGCCAUUGAAGACGGCGGAAACAAGAAGUUUCUCUCAGAAGGUGAUGUCCUUGUUGCAUGGCUUGCUAGGCUUGCCGUGGUCAAUUUUCCGCCAGACUCGGACCGGACGGUCGCCGUACAGAGUGCCUUCUCCGGGCGCAAGGCUCUUUCAGAAUCACUUCUGCCUCCGGACAAGACGUACUUCUCGAACUGCGCCUUCCUGUUCACCACUUUGCUAUCGGUAACAGAUAUUCGGCGCGGGCCCCUGGGUCACACCGCCCAGAGAGUCCGGUUGGCACUUGAGGAGCAAAAUACCCGCGAACAAGUCGAGGCCCACUGCGCCAUCCUGAGGGAAUCGGGGCCCAACAAAUUGCCGCCCUUCUUCGGAGACAGCUCAAUGCACAUCAUCAGCGUCUCGAAUUGGUCCAAGGCCGAUUUCUUCAGCCUCGACUUCUCGGCCGCGUCCGUGAAGGGCUCUAACCGGCCGGUCAGGCCGAAGUACAUCCACAGCGCCCAAACUCCGUACAGGUUCACCGAGAUGUUUCCAAUCACCGGAAAAGACGCGCAUGGAAAUUACUGGCUCAGUGCCACGAGACUUGCACGGAACUGGGAUGCGGUUGAGGCGGCGUUGAAAAGGGGGGACGUUCUGUUCGAAGGACCGGCCGGGACGGGCCGGUGA